CAUUUUGUUACUACACAUACAAGUUUUGAAUAAGUCGCACGAAGUUUCGGAGUAUAAAAGUACCUGCUAAUUUUCUACAAAACACUGUGCUCUUUUUAUUUAACGAUCUCCUCGUCAUUUCUCGUGUAAUAAAGUGAUUAAGAGUGAAGAAAAAUUUGUAUAGAUUACCUUUAGUGGAGGAAAAAUUAAUGUUUUCCUCGUGCGAAUGAUACGAUGUUGUGUUUACUUUUUUGAAUAGAUCGGUCGAAAGGUUAAAACAAAAAAAGAAAAGAUGUUUUGCUGUCUGAGAAAUUGUUUUGAUGGUAUUGGAUUCACGACAACCCAAAUUCCAAAGAGAGAACCAAAUCCGAUUAGUUUGGAUACUACUCAUAUGGGGCAUGAAGUAGUUAUAGUCAGAAAAGGUUUAAGAGUUUGCGGACGUGGUGGUGCCUUAACAAAUGCACCUCUUGCCCAAAGCAAGAGUUAUUUUGAAGUUAAAGUACAACAGAGUGGAAUAUGGGCCAUUGGAUUAGCUAACAAAUCUACAAAUCUUAAUACCGCAAUCGGAGGAAGUGACAGUGAAAGUUGGGCUCUUAAUUCCGAUGGCAUUUUAAGACAUAAUCAACAAGAAUUGCAUAAGAUUCAAAAUCCUGUUCAAGAAGGAGAUAUUGUUGGAGUCUCCUAUGAUCAUGUAGAAUUAAAUUUUUAUGUAAAUGGAAAAUCUUUGGAAGCCCCAAUUAUUGGUAUCAAAGGAACCAUUUAUCCUGUGCUUUAUGUUGACGACGGAGCUAUACUAGAUUUAAUUCUGGAUAAUUUUACUCAUCCUCCACCAAUGGGUUUUGAAAAAAUAAUGGUAGAACAAUCAUUACUCUAGCGAUACACACAAUGUGAAUAAUGUUGAAAUGGCUAAUUAUCAGACAAUUUUAAAUUGUUCAUUCAAAAUACAUUUUGUCUAUUCUAAAUGCGAACAAAUGUUGCUAUAAUUAUAUAUAAUUCUA